AUGCGCCGCGAGGUCCAGGAGCUCGAGGAUUAUCACGACGUCGUCGAGGCCGAGGAACGCAAGCGCGAGGCGAAGCAGACCGCGGCCGUGUCGUUCGAGGAGGCGCGCGCCAGCUCGCCCAAGGACAACGGCGAAACCUACAAGAUCGAGUUCGAGGACAUCCGCCUCGUGCUCCCCGACGGCACGACGAUCAUGCGCGGGCCGUCGGGGUGCUUCCUCCCGGGCACGUCGACGGCGAUCAUGGGCGCGUCGGGCGCGGGCAAGACGACGAUCAUGAACCUGGUCACGGGCAAGGUCAAGAAGACGUCGGGCGUCAUCCGGGUCAACGGCGAGGAGUGCGCGUCGCUCGCCAAGUGGCGGAGCCGCGUCGCCUUCGUGCCCCAGGAGGACGUCAUGCACCGGGAGCUCACGGUCCUCGAGAACCUGGAGUUCAGCGCGUACACGCGGCUGCCCGCGACCUGGGCGCCGUCGCGCAAGCAGGCGCUCGUGUUCAAGGUCCUCGACUCGCUCAACCUCGUGCAGAUCCAGCGCAGUAAGAUCGGCGAUGAAUUUCAACGAGGCAUUUCCGGCGGCCAGCGCAAGCGCGUGAACGUCGGCCUCGAGCUCGUCGCGGACCCCAAGGUGCUCUUCCUCGACGAGCCGACGUCCGGGCUGGACAGCGUCUCGGCGACGGAGCUCUCGCUCAUGCUGCGGUCCGUCGCCGAGAGCGACGGCCUCACGAUCGCGGCCGUCAUUCACUCGCCCGGGCCCGCGGCCUUCGACGCGUUCCACCGCUUCCUGCUGCUCCAGACCGGCGGCCGCCUGGUCUACCACGGCGCGACGCGCGACGUCGAGACCUACUUUGGGUCGAUCGGCUUCGCGUACCCGCGCGGC